UCUCGGGCGGUCCCGGCUCCCUGUCCCCUUUCCGAUCCCGGUUCCCGGUUCCCCCUCGUCCCGGGCGGGCAUGGCGGACGAGGGAGCGGUCACGGUCUGCGUGCGUGUGCGGCCGCUCAUCGCCAGAGAAAAGGCUCCAGGAGAUAAGGUGUCCCUGCACUGGAAGAGUGAAAAUAAUACUGUUUCCGACGUGAAUGGAACCAAAAUAUUUAGUUACGAUCGUGUCUUUCACUCAAGUGACAACACUCAGCAGUUAUAUGAUGGUGUAGCUGUUCCAAUUAUACAGUCAGCUGUGCGAGGUUAUAAUGGCACAAUUUUUGCUUACGGACAGACUGCUUCAGGGAAGACUUACACAAUGAUGGGAAAUGAAGAUUCUGUGGGCAUUAUCCCUAAGGCAAUUCAACAUGUUUUCAAAAUUAUUUGUGAGAGUCCAGAUAGAGAAUUCUUGCUAAGGGUUUCUUACAUGGAAAUCUAUAAUGAAACCAUUACAGAUUUGCUUUGUGAUAGUAGGAAAAAGAAGCCUCUGGGAAUUCGUGAGGAUGUUAAUAGGAAUACAUAUGUAGAAGAUCUGAUUGAAGAAGUAGUGGUUGCCCCAGAACAAGUUAUGGAAUGGAUAAGAAAAGGAGAAAGAAAUCGCCAUUAUGGAGAAACAAAAAUGAAUGAACACAGCAGCCGUUCUCACACGAUCUUCAGAAUGAUCAUUGAAAGCAGAGAACGAAGUGACCCUGCAAACUCAAACUGUGAUGGAGCAGUCAUGGUUUCCCACUUGAACUUGGUAGAUCUGGCAGGCAGCGAAAGAGCGAGUCAAACAGGAGCUGAAGGUGUCCGAUUGAAAGAAGGCUGCAAUAUAAAUCGGAGCUUGUUCAUUCUGGGUCAAGUUAUCAAAAAACUUUGUGAUGACCCUUCUGGCUUCAUAAAUUACAGAGACAGCAAGCUGACUCGAAUUCUGCAGAACUCCCUUGGAGGAAAUGCUAAAACAGUUAUUAUUUGUACAAUUACUCCUGUUUCUUUUGAUGAAACACUCAGUACUCUUCAGUUUGCCAAUACAGCCAAAGGAAUGAAGAAUACACCAAAAGUCAAUGAAGUACUUGAUGAUGAUGCCCUCCUGAAGAGAUACCGAAAAGAAAUUCUGGAUUUGAAAAAGCAGCUGGAGGAAGUGUCUUCAAAGACUCAGAUUCAUGCAAUGGAAAAGGACCAAUUGGCCCAGCUGCUGGAAGAAAAGAAUUCUCUCCAGAAAGUCCAGGAAGACAAGAUAAGAAAUCUAACUGAGAUGCUGGUGACCUCUGCUUCCUUUGCCUCAAAAGAGAAUAUUAAAACCAAGAGAAGAAGAAGAGUUACUUGGGCUCCUGGUAAAAUAAAACAGGCAAAUGUGAGCUAUUUUGAAGACUUUGAAAAAGACAUGCCAACUGAACCAAAAAAAGUGAAAAUGUCUCUGUCAGCACUACCAGAUGCAGAGGAUUCUAUGUUAGAUAAUUCCGAAUAUGACAACCAAUGUCUGACAGUUCCUGAUCAAACUUCAGAAGUAGAAUGGAUUGCUGGACCUAAAAUGACUUGGACUCAAAAAGACUUUGAAGAAUCUGUGCAAAUCUGUGAAGCGCUAGCAUUUGAAAAGGAUAUUGCUGUAAAUGAGGUCAACAUCCUGCAAGCUAAGGUGGAUAACCUAGUGUUGGAAAAUGAGCAGUUGAAACUAGAAAUAAAUGAAAUAAAGGAGAAACUGAAGGAAAAAAAAGAAAUAGAUGAAUUUGAAGUACUGGAAAAACAAACACAAAAAGAUCAUGAGAUGCAACUAAUGCAUGAAAUUACCAAGUUAAAGAAUCUAGUUUCAAGUUCUGAAGCAUGCAAUGAGGAACUUGAGGCAGAAAUAAAUUCCAAACUGGAACUGCUGAAAGAGAAAGAGAACAAAAUAAAGAUAUUACAGAAUCGUGUGGAAGAAUUACAAAAAGCAAGAGUGGAAAAAGAGGCAUCUUUUUCAGUGGGAGAUUCUGAUAAACUAAUGGAGGAAAUUCAGCAGCUGAAAAAAUCCCUCUUAGAUAGUGAAGCCAUAGCCUUGGAUGCCAAAAAAGAAUCUGCUUUUCUCAGAACUGAAAAUUUGGAACUGAAGGAGAAGAUGAAUGAACUCUUAAAUAAGCACAACCAAAUGCAAAAGGAUGUUCAAUUAUACCAAAGCCAAAUAGAAGGGGGAAAAGCCAGUUACCGAAAAAUGCAGACUGACUUGCAGAGAGAGUUGCAAUCUGCAUUUCAAGAAAACUUAAGACUAACUUCACUGAUGGAGGGUAAAGUUCCAAAAGAUUUGCUCACUCUUAUGGAGCUGGAAAAAAAAGCUGCUGACUUAAAAGGAGAACUAGAAAAAGCUUUGAAAGAGAAUGCACUUCUACAAAAACAAGUAAAUGAGCUAUCAGAAUUUCAGUCUCUACCAAAUACUGUGGAGAUGCAGAAGAAAGAGAUUCUCGAACAAUGUGAGGAAUUACACUUAUUAAAAUUGGAAAACGAAAAGCUGCUUUCUGAAGUAGCUGAUAAAGAAAUGAAACUUAAACACAUGACUGAAGAAACUGAAAAAUCCAAAGACGAUCUAGCAGAUGCACAACUGAAAUAUAUGAAGUCUGAUCAAGAAUACGUGGCACUUAAACAGCUCCAUGAAGAAAUGGAACAAAAAUAUAUAGCUACAUCAGAAAAUAAUGAAAAAAUGAAGCUCCAAAUAGAAAGUCUUUCUAAAGAAGCACAAGAGUCUAAAAUAACUUUGGAUCAAAUUAAAUUAGAGCUCUCCAGCAAAAUGAAAGAACUGGAAGAAAAAACAGCAGAACAAAAACAACUUCUUGAGCUAAGAGAAGAUUUUAUUCGGACUCAGCAAAAGUUAAAUGAAAUGGAGCAACUAAAAGAGGAAAAAAGGGCUAGUGAAUUGAGACUGCAGGCUAAGGAGUCAGAGAUCCAGGCAGUUCUUCAGCAGCUAACUGAAUUCCAGGAAGAAAUAAAAACUCUAACCCAGGAAAAAGAUUACCUGAAGCAAAAAGGAGAGUCCCUUCAAGCUGAGACAGACCAACUCAAAGAGGAUAUAAAGGACACUGUUUCAAUGAACAUCUUGGCACAUGAAGAACUGAGAAAUACGCAAAGUUCUCUCAAGCAAUCCCAGGCCACUGUCAGGAAGUUGGAAAAAUGUAUUUCUGAAAAAGAAUCUCAUAUUUUGAGUGUUGAAGAGGCACUAGGGAAGACCAUUAAGGAACUCGAAACACGGAUCUCACAAAUGACAGAAGAAAUUAAAAUCAUCACCUCAGAGAGAGAUCAGCUUGCUGAGCUAAAAUCAGAAAGCCGUAGCUGUAGAGAAGGUGAUCAGCUUCAGGAGCAAAAGGAACAAAUCAUUUUCCUUACACAAGAGAACCGCUCCCUGCAAGAGAAGCUGGACAGUUUACUUUUGAAAAAAGAAGAGUUUGGGGAAGGAACUUGGGUACCCCAGAUCCCAGAAAAAUCUCUGGAGCAAGAGUUACUUGUUCUGAGGGAAGAGCUCAGCCAGGCACAAAGGAAAUUGCAUGAAAUGGAGGAAGGGAAGGGCAGUGAAUGCCAGGGAGAACCUGAAGAAACGGGGAGAAGAGAUUUUAUUCCACAACUGCAUGACUGGCAGGAAGUGAGUACCCAGACAGAAAGAGAGGACGAUGAUCUUAAACUGCAACUGGAAGAUCUCCAGAACGAGAGAGACCAGCUAAGAGAAACUGUACAGGAGACAAUAAGAAAGAAUUCAGAGAUGCAGGAGGAGUUGCAGUGUACUCACAGAUCUCUUGAACAACAUCAGGAGACUAUUGUGGAGCUGAAAGGGAACAUUUCAGAGAAAGAAAAUCAACUCUUGAAAGCUCAGGAGGCAUUGAAGGAAAAAACUGAUGAACUGCAGCAGAAGCUCACUGAAGUAACUGAAAGCCUGACUCACGUCUCAUCUGAAUAUGGCAAGCUACUGGCAGAAAAAGAACAAAUUGAAAGAACAAUGAAUGAGCAAGUUUGUCAGCAGCUUGAGAAAAUCACUGUACUUAAUAAGGAGAAAGAUGAGCUACAGCAAAUGGUGGAGGCUUGUAAAGAAAGGGAAGAACAUUUGUUAAAGGUUCAGAGACGGUCAGAGAUUUUGGAGGAAAGGCUUACAAGCAAGAUCUCACAAAUGACAGAAGAAAUUAAAAUCAUCACCUCAGAGAGAGAUCAGCUUGCUGAGCUAAAAUCAGAAAGCCGUAGCUGUAAAGAAAGUGAUCAGCUUCAGGAGCAAAAGGAACAAAUCAUUUUCCUUACACAAGAGAACCGCUCCCUGCAAGAGAAGCUGGACAGUUUACUUUUGAAAAAAGAAGAGUUUGGGGAAGGAACUUGGGUACCCCAGAUCCCAGAAAAAUCUCUGGAGCAAGAGUUACUUGUUCUGAGGGAAGAGCUCAGCCAGGCACAAAGGAAAUUGCAUGAAAUGGAGGAAGGGAAGGGCAGUGAAUGCCAGGGAGAACCUGAAGAAACGGGGAGAAGAGAUUUUAUUCCACAACUGCAUGACUGGCAGGAAGUGAGUACCCAGACAGAAAGAGAAGACAAUGACCUAAAACUGCAACUGGAAAAUCUCCAGAACGAGAGAGACCAGCUAAGAGAAACUGUACAGGAGACAAUAAGAAAGAAUUCAGAGAUGCAGGAGGAGUUGCAGUGUACUCACAGAUCUCUUGAACAACAUCAGGAGACUAUUGUGGAGCUGAAAGGGAACAUUUCAGAGAAAGAAAAUCAACUCUUGAAAGCUCAGGAGGCAUUGAAGGAAAAAACUGAUGAACUGCAGCAGAAGCUCACUGAAGUAACUGAAAGCCUGACUCACGUCUCAUCUGAAUAUGGCAAGCUACUGGCAGAAAAAGAACAAAUUGAAAGAACAAUGAAUGAGCAAGUUUGUCAGCAGCUUGAGAAAAUCACUGUACUUAAUAAGGAGAAAGAUGAGCUACAGCAAAUGGUGGAGGCUUGUAAAGAAAGGGAAGAACAUUUGUUAAAGGCUCAGAGACAGUCAGAGAUUUUGGAGGAAAGGCUUACAAGCAAGAAUUCAGAGAUGCAGGAGGAGUUGCAGUGUACUCACAGAUCUCUUGGACAACAGCAGGAGACUAUUGUGGAGCUGAAAGGGAACAUUUCAGAGAAAGAAAAUCAACUCUUGAAAGCUCAGGCGGCAUUGAAGGGAAAAACUGAUGAACUGCAACAGAAGCUCACUGAAGUAACUGAAAGCCUGACUCACGUCUCAUCUGAAUAUGGCAAGCUACUGGCAGAAAAAGAACAAAUUGAAAGAACAAUGAAUGAGCAAGUUUGUCAGCAGCUUGAGAAAAUCACUGUUCUUAAUAAAGAGAAAGAUGAGCUACAGCAAAUGGUGGAGACUUGUAAAGAAAGGGAAGAACAUUUGUUAAAGGUUCAGAGACGGUCAGAGAUUUUGGAGGACAGCCUGACAAGCAAGAUUCAGCAGUUAACUGACACACUAACUAGUGUAUCAUGUGAAAAGGACCAGUUAUUAGCUGAAAGAACUAGUCACUCUUUCCAACUUAGAGAACAAAUUGCAUCAGUUAAUCAAGAAAAAGAUGAGCUACAAAAACUCCUUCAGGACGUCAGGACUGAGCGGGACCAGCUCAAGACAGAACUGCAAAGAAAUUCUGAGAUGUGUGCUGAAACAAAUGCGAAACUGGAACGUGCUUUAGACCAACUGAAGCAGAGGAACAUGAAUGAUGUGUCUGUUCACGUAAACCCCGUGGUUAUGGCAGAGCAGGUGGCUGAUGACAGCCUGAAGGAAAAAAGCUUGAACAUUAAGGAGCUUCUUGACAAAUUCUCCAAUAUGGGGAAGAGGUGUGAGUGUCUCUCUACGGUGUCUCUUAAGCUGAAGAGUGAACUGAAUAGUCAGAAGGCACUGAUAGCUGUGAUACUGCCUCAGCUUUCCUUGGCAGAGAGUAAACAAGUCAAAAGACUUCAAACUGAAAACGAGAAACUAAAUGGUCAUCUCCAGAGUUUAUUGAACAAACUGAAGUUUAUGUUCAGUCGUGUUUGUGCAAAGAAAAGAGACUAUCAUACUACUGUUAACAAGUAUAAAAUGGAAUUGCUUGAGGAAAAGAGAAGACAAGAUCAUCUACAAGCUGAGAUUCAGAAUCUCAGGAAGAGUCAUUUGAACCAGAAUGAAACACUGUCUCAAGAAUUAAACAGCAGUGAAGGGCUGCAGAGUUUCCACUUGGAUGCAGAGAGCAUUCUCAAAGAUGUAUCAGAAAUGGAAAGUGAACUUCUCUGUAUAGAGGCAGAGUUACAGCAGCAAGAAAGUGCUAGAAAAGAAACAGUACAGUUCUGGGAAUCAUGUUCAGCAACUCACUGUAAUGCAGAGGAACUGGAAGAAGAGUUAAAGAAAGAUACUGAAAGGCUUUUGCAAGUCAUUAACUUCUGGACUCCUAAAGUAAAGAUGCUCCUUCAGCUUUCUUCAGAACUGGAUGCCAGAAUUUGCAAUGACAGUCAAAAUGCUGAUGUUGAAUUGAAACAGAGAAAAGAGAAAAAUGAAGAGUUGCUUCAGGACCUAAACACUCUAAAAGAAAAACUGGCCCCUGAUAGCUCUGCCAGUCUCAUGCUAAAAGAAGAAAACGAGAGGCUUCAUAAUAAAUUAAAGGCUGCAGAACAAGAUAUAAAGGCUAUGGAAGUAAAAAUUCAGAAGUUGGAAAAUGUAAUAAAUGAAGUAGGAGAAAAUGUCAAAGAGAAAGAUGAGAGAAUAAACGAGUUACAAGCACAGAUAAGUAUAAAAACAGAAACAAGUGAGCUCACCCAACUGCAAGCCAAACUGAACGAGAAGGAUAAGUGCCUCAGGACUGCCUUAACAGAGAAUCAGAGUCUUCAGGCAAAAUUAGAUAAAGGUUCCGAGCUGUACAAAGAAGAAAUUGAUAAUCUCAAAACACAGUUGGUAAAAUUUGAUAUGGAAAGAAUGAAACAAUCCAACUUCUUUGAAAUGAAACUUGCUAAUUAUAAAGCUCUUGCAGAACACCGAGAACAAGAGUUAAUGAAACUAAAAGAAGAACUUAGAAGAGCACACCAAGACCAAGAUGUUACUGUGCUGAAAGAAGCAGCUCCUCAGCAAUCCCAAAUACCCCUUACUUGUGGUGGUGGCAGUGGUAUUGUGCAGAGCACACAAAUACUUGUUCUAAAAUCUGAGCAAGCAAAGAUACAGAAAGAAAACUUGCACCUGAAGAAACAAAAUGACCUUCUACUAAGUAAUGAGCGUCAGCUGAAAGAGGAACUCAGGAAAUGGAAAGAAAGAGCAUUAAAAUGGAGAGAACGAUCCUCAAGAGAAAACAUAAGAGAGACAAUACCACAGUCUCCAAGGAAGGCAGUGUCAUAUUUCUUUAAAGAACAAAUCCCUUCACCCUCCAAGGAACCUAUUUCUCAGGAAAUUGCGACUCAGGACCUAUCAAAGCCUCUGCCACUGACUUGUCCAACAAAUUUCUUUGAUAAUUCUAGCUUGGGUGUGCUAACAGAUACAUGUCCUGCGGCCACACAGUCCACAGAAGAACAUCUUAAGCACUUGUUUGGGACUUCAGACAAAGAUAAGGCCCCUGAUUGCAGCACCCAGUAACGAUGCUCUGUUGUAAGCUGCCUUUGCAGUGGCUACAGCCAGAAUCUGCACAUACAAAAGAUAAUUGCUUCAGGUUAAAAGCCAUCAGCCUCUUCCAUC